UGAAGGAGAACUAGAACUUUAAGUCAUCUAAACAGUUGAAAAGGCAGGGAGGUGGGGAGGAAGAGUUAGGUUUGCCAAAGAUAUAGAGCUGGGUGUGUUUGUGGAAAAUAUUGCCAAGAGGGAGGAUGACAGAGCCCUGGGGGACACCUGCAGUGCAUUUUUGUAGAUGUGCUUUUAUCAAACAUAUAUUUAUCAUAAAAAGAACAAUAUUAAUUCUAAUUGUAAAUGGAAGGACAUCUGAUACUUGGCAAGUGAAUCAUACAAAGUUUCAUUGUUGUACAAAAGAAGCAGACAUGGUGUAAGAAAUGAGUAUGGAAAUCUAUUGAUUCAUCAUACACAACAGGAACAGCAGCAUCCCAGUGUUUGAGGAAGUUUUGCAAUCGUUUUCACACCGCAGUUCACAAAUAAACUAAUUUAACAAUACUUGUGUUGGUACCAGCUGAAAAUGAGGAAUCUCAGUGAUGUUACAUAAAAAUGUGGGUAGGAAAGAACAAACGGUAAAAGACAUUUGGCCACUUUUAGCCAGAAACACAUGACGUUAAUAACCUCUGUGGUUAUUUAGCACAACAAAACAGUUGCACAACAGGACCCAAUUUUGCUUUAUUUAUUUAUAUAUAAAAGUCUUUCCUCACCCAGCCUCCCAUCUCCCCUGGGUGGGCUGGGUGGCUGUUCAUCUUCAGCUCGGGUCCUCUACCAGAGUCCUGAGAGCUUUAAGGUCCUACACAGUAUCUUAGCUGUUCCUAGGACUGCUGUCUUCUGGAUGGAGAAGUCUGGUGUUUCUCCAGCAGAACUUCAACAGAAGCUGCCCCACCAACAUGUUUAGUCCUGGACCCAUUCAGGACUUCACCAGAAGGAUGCAAAGAUCACGUUCUCUGGAAAAGCUGGAAAUGCAAGAGGACGGUCGGCGUUGUGACGUCAAAGAGCUUUCAGUUGCAUGAACAACACUUCAUUGUGAAAAUGCAACAUCAGGCUGACUACCCAUUCUCACUGUUGGGUGUACUGGUAACUGUGUGGUAAUGAUGGCAUAGAAACGUCAUCCUACACGAGCUAUAAAUGAGUCAGAAAUGGUCAUUCAUCCCAUCAUAUCUUCCCAUGGCUCUUUCUGAAUGAAACGCUCCCAACAUAUUUGUUGCAACAAGAAAAAAGAAGAAAAAGCUGCAGAUUUCCUGAAUUACUGCCUAUUACUUGACUCUGAUAACAACCAGCGAACCUGGAGCUGCAGCAGAACUGAAAAUGAAUCCUGACCCUGCUUUGUUAGACAGCAACACAAUGACCCCAGAGUCAAACUUCACCCCAGUUCCUGACAGAGGCUGCCCAUCGGUCAGCAUCCAGCUGGAGGGCUUGAUCCUGCCCCCAGUUAUCACCAUUGACAUCAUACUGGGGCUGCUGGGAAACAUAGUGGCCUUGUGGAUCUUCUUGUUCAAGCUGAAGGCCUGGAACCCCAACAUCGUUUUCCUGUUCAACCUGGUCAUCGCAGACUUCCUGGUUCUGGUGAGCCUGCCGCUGAGGCUUCAUACCUUGCUCAGAGGCUACUGGGUGUUUGGAGACGGCCUGUGCCGGAUCAACCUCUUCCUCAUGUUUACUGAUCGCACGGCCAGCAUUGCACUGAUGACGGUGGUGGCAGUUUAUCGUUACUUUAAGGUGGUCCACCCUCAUCACCGCUUCAACCGUAUGACCAAGCGGCAGGCUGCGGUGGUGUCCGUGUUCGUGUGGUUGCUGGUGAUCAGUCCACGGGUUCCCCUGCUGGCUUACAGCCACAUCGAGGGCAGCGGUGACAAAACACGGUGCGCCUUCUUCUCUUCUUACAAAGAGGAGCGUCCCGCCGUCAUCAUCCUGGUGGCCAUGCACCGCAUCCUGACCGUGCUGGAGUUCAUCCUCCCCUUGGCCUUGCUGCUGUUCUGCUCCAUCCGAAUCUCUAGAUUCCUAAAAAAGCGGCAGAUGGGUAAACCUGAAAAAGUCCGCAAGGCAGUGCGAGUGUGCGCCGCCAUCGUUGCGGUGUUCACGCUCUGCUUCCUGCCCACCACAGUGACAACCAUCGGGGUGUGGGUAAUUCGCUCAUACCUCCCGUGGGACUGCACCGCCUUCUACACCUUCAUCCAGCUCAACAUCGUGUCUUUUGGUUUCAACUUUCUGAACUCCGCUCUGGACCCCAUCAUCUACGUCUUCUCCAGCUCCAUGUUCAGGAAGGCCCUGCUGGCGGCGCUGCCCCGCUGGCUGCUCUGCAGACGGGAUGAAGGCGGGAACGCGGCAUCAUCAUCAUCGUCGUCAGGAACUAAGUCCACCGAUGAGCAGGAACUGAAACAGAUGAAUCCUGACAAUGAACUCAUCUGAGCAGCUGCAGAGAAACACAGAUGUUUUGUGUGUAUUAACUUUGUUUUAAUUUUUUUAUGCUUUUAAAGUUUCGAUUAAACGUUAAUUAUCAUGUUUCAUGACUGCAUGUAAAUAUACCUCAACCUCUAUGACUGGACUGAGUACAACAUAUUUACUGUUCUUCAAAUCCUGCUGUGCUCAGAAAACUAUUUUAUUUAUAAUGAAAUGAUCCUUCAUGUCUUGUGGAUCAUUUGUUGACAUGAGAUCAGACAAGUUGGGAUCUUCUGUGUAAAUGAUGAGUGAGCCAAACUAAAUAACAACAAAAAAGGAAC